GAUCCCGUUUAAAUCCAGACGACAUAUUUCUUUAGUUGGUAGAAUUGCCGCGAGGGGAAGAGGGAAGUAGAAAUACAGACGACGUCAUCAAUGCGCGUGCGCUUGUGUCGUUCAAAUUCUCCGUUUGAACUUUAAGUGACUUAGAAGAGUUAAAGUUGUUAUGACUGCCAGUUUGCUCGUAAACGACGUCCCCUCUACGUUCUGUAUCGUUCCCGAAAGGAUAUAAAACGUUCGGACAUGAUAUAAAAAAGCCUAAGGGAUUAUUAAAAAGGGAAUUACUAAUGUUGUUUCUUCUUUACAUUAAGCCUAACGAGUUAGGCCUAACUUGAAGUGAUGAUUUUUCCCGACGAUUUCCUGUGGAAUUAUGUCAAAAAGUGCUUGUAAGAGACCGGUAAUACCUAAAGAUGCGGACGUGGGUUCGAAACAGCAGCAUCAGCAACAGCAGCAGCAUUGGUGUCAACAUGUUUACGAAGUCGAAGUGGCCGAAGGUAUUUGCUACUUGAACAUCGAGGGUGGAUCCGAUAAUGGAGAAUUCGCCUAUUUCGGAACGUUCGACGGCGAUAAAGUCAAGUACGGAAGGGGUAAAGUGGCCAAGGAUGACGUCAUACUAGAAAUACAGGGACAGAAGGUAGCGGGUUAUACACAGAGGGAUGUGGUGGCGUGGCUCAAUCAUUGCUGCAGGAAUGGCAAUCCAAUAAUCAUUAGAGCUGUCAGAUCAGGUUGUCUUACAAAAGAUUUAAGACAAUAUUUGAACACAAGAUUUCAAAAAGGAUCUAUUGAUCAUGAUUUGCAAAAUACCAUUAGAGACAAUCUAUAUCUUCGUACAGUACCAUGUACAACAAGACCUCAGAGGGAUGGAGAAGUAAAUGGUGUUGAUUAUACAUUUUUAACUCCAGAAGAAUUUAUUGCAUUGGAAAGAAGUGGAAAUUUACUUGAAAGUGGGAUUUAUGAGGGAAAUAUGUAUGGUACUCCGAGGCCUGCCCCUGCUGCCUCUGCUUUCUCUGCCAAUCUUUCUAAUGUGUCAAUUCAUCCUGUGACAUGUGAGCACAGUUCAGCUUCUUUUCAAUUAUUCAAUGAUAACUUGAAUGAAUCUUUUGAUAACUUAAAUACAGUAACUAGUGAUGGAAUAGCUAAUCUUUCUGUUUCAGAUAAUAAUAAUUGCAAGCAAAAAAAUUUAGAUUAUUCAUCUAAUACAUACGAAUAUUCUAAUAGUUCUGCAGAAGAUGUAAGUAAUACUAAACAAACAGAUGGGAAUAAUUUAAAAAAUGGACAGUUAGAUGCACAGACAGUUUCAAUAGAUACUGAAAAAAUAAAAGAUGAAAUUUCCAGUAUUAACGAUAGUGAAAGUUCUACAGACGAUACACUCGUUGCUACAUUUAGUGACUGCUCGGUAGAAAAAUGUUCACAUAAAAAAUACCAUAAAGCAAAUAAAAGGGACAUUACACAAAAUGCCAUAAGUGUUGAAACACAGACUGAAUCAAAUAUUAAAGGUGGCGAUAAGAAAACUAUUGAUGUGGGCAUAGAAACCGAUAUCACAUUAGAUAUUAACAACAUGAAAAAAAUAAUCGAUAAUGAUAACUUUAAAAAUUCAAAAAUUAAUCCUAAUAUGUUAUCUUUAAAAUUUACAAAUGAUAAUUUAGAUGAAUGUAAUGCUUUUUAUAGUAAAUUUCAAGAAACACUUGCCGGUUUCCCUGAUAUAUCUCCCGAUGAACAAAUUUUCUAUGACAAUCAGUCUUUUCAAGUAAAGAAAAAUAGACAUUCAUUAAGGCAAGCAAUGAAUAGAAGAGAAAAUUUAAGUGACAGUAGUGCAGAUGAAAGUUUUGAUUCAGAUAAUAACGAUACAAUUUACCUAAAGAGAUCGUGUUCUUUUCCUGUUAGGUAUCAAAAAAUACCCCAAAGAAAAGUUUUAUACAAACAGCACCAAAAUAAAGAUAAAUAUUUAUCAAAUAAUAGAGGAAUAGAUUAUUAUGGUUUAUUAGAUCACAAUAUUUCUCGGUUAUACAAAGCAGUUAGUGAUAAGCAUUCAAGAAAUUAUACAAAGUAUAAAAGCUCUCAAAAGAAUAAUGGUUAUUUAUUUAGAAAAGAAGAUUGCAAAAAUCAUAAAACACACAAAAAGUAUAACAACAGUAUUGAAAACAGUGUGCCAAAAAAUGAAGAUGUCUCUUUAAAAAAUAAAAGUGCAUUAAAAUUUGAUGAACUUCAAAAUGAAAAGCCAUAUAUUAAUGGAAAUUACACCAUUAAUAAUGAAAACUAUAAGAACAAAAACUCUACACACAUUUCUAAUGAAAAUAUUCAUAACAGUACAAAUUUAACUAGCUAUAACUGUGAUGAUAUACUGUCAAGACUGUCUUCUUCUUUUUCAUUAAAUAGUAAUAAGUUUAAUCCUGAUUAUAAUAAAAUGACAUAUGACAACAAUAAUAAUUGCAAAUUAUUAAGAAAUCAAAUUUCAUUUCCUUCUAAUAAAUGUGAUAUAAAUAGAACCGCUUUAAAUUAUUUGUGCGAGUCAUGUGAUUCGUUGUCUUCUGAUAAUUCUUUGUUUGUGACUAUUGCUUCCUCUGCAUCUGCUUUGCCAGGCAAUCAUUAUGGUACCCCUAAGCCACACAAAGAAACUCCAACAACUCCUCCAAGAAGAACAAAUUCUAUUGGAAACAGUAGUGGAAUUAUUCUUCCUGGAGCACAUCCCUCUUCUGAAGGAAAAAGGAGAAGAAAUCGUUCUAAUGUAGAAGCAAUGGCAGCAAAAUCUGUUGAUCCAACAGACUCUUCUGAUUGUUCUUUAUUAGGGCAGCAGCCUAAUACAAGGUCUUCCACACCGUUAUCAGCAUGGAGUGCUAGAAGAAAUUCUGGUAAUUUAAAUAAAAAUGAAGAUGUUUCUCCACUUUCUAAUCUUGGUCCAUUGCCAGAUAAUUGGGAAAAAGCAUAUACUCCAAAUGGUGAAGUUUAUUUUAUUGAUCAUAAUUCUGGUACAUCACAGUGGUUAGAUCCUAGAAUGGCCAGGAUACAGAAAAAAGCAAUAGAAGAAUGCGAUGACGACGAGCUUCCAUUUGGAUGGGAAAGAAUUGACGAUCCUCAUUAUGGAACAUAUUAUAUAGACCAUGUAAAUAGAAAAACACAAUAUGAAAAUCCUGUUUUACAAGCUAAAAGGUUGACUCAUGACAUAUCAGGUAGUGAUAUACAUAUGCACAGCAAUACUAGUUCCUGGCAGCAACAAAGUGACUGGAACCAACCUGACCAAACAGAAAGUCCACAGGCCAACAGGAACAACACUGCCAACACCAAUUCAAAGGGGCAGCUUGAAACAGACCAGACUAACAAUCCUUCUCAUAGGACUCCAUAUGUUUUUACACGCAAUCCAUCAGAACUGAAGGGGGAAUUUAUUCAGACUUCGCUCGUUAAGAGUCCAAGAGGUUUAGGGUUUACAAUUGUUGGAGGUGAUAGUGGUGAAGUAGAAGAGUUUUUACAAAUUAAGAGUGUAGUACCGAAUGGACCUGCGUGGUCAAACAAAAAAUUACAAACAGGUGAUGUAUUGGUAUAUGUUAAUGAUAUAUGUGUUCUUGGUUAUACUCAUCAAAAUAUGGUAUCCUUGUUUCAAUCUAUUCCUCCUGGAGAAACUGUUAACUUGCAAGUUUGUAGAGGAUAUCCUUUACCGUUUGAUCCUAAUGAUCCAAAUACAGAAAUAGUUACGACCGUGGCUGUUACGAUGGCAAACGCAAGGACGUCUGAAUUUUCCAGUGUUUUCUCUAGUGGAAACAAUUCUCAUGGGGGUAACAUUGGAACUGAUCCUGUAGAUUCUGUGGCAAGAUCUGCAAAAUCAAUGCCAGAUUUAAGUAGUGGACUGAAUGAUCACUCUCACCCUCAGAGGCAUAAUAGUGCUGACUUACUUAGUAAUAGCAAUGCUGAAAAUACCCCCGACAUUCUGGACUUCAGUUCACAGAGUCCAAAUAAACCUGAAUAUUUGACUGUAGAGAUAGUUAAAGGAGCUUCAGGAUUUGGUUUUACUAUUGCUGAUAGUGCUUACGGACAAAAAGUAAAAAAGAUUUUAGAUCGUCCUCGCUGUAAAUUACUACAAGAAGGUGAUAUUUUAAUGGAUAUAAACGGACAAGAAGUGAGAGGACUGCCACAUGCCGACGUUGUUCAAGUUUUGAAAGAUUGUCCUUGUGGAGAUGGUGCUCAUAUUACUGUUCAGAGAGGUGGACUCUUGUCACCGGUACGUGGAAAAGGCAGACUUGCAAAGAUGAAAUCAUCCGAUGGUUCCAAUAAAGGCAAUGGAAGUGUUUCACAAUCAUUAUUAUUUCCAAAUUUAUCAAGAAGUUUUGAAGAUGGUCUUACAAGCAGUCAAGUGAAACACUGGUUUUGCAUCUAACCAACAGACUGGCCACAUUGACUGUUCCAGA